AAUACCCAAAUUUAGGGAAAAAAACACCAAGCUGCGGAAACUCUGCCCUACACUGGCCUACAGCUAUUAUGCGAAUUUUUAUUAUUUAUAUUCAUCUGAAAACAUUAGAUCUUGACAAAUGGACGUUUUUAGUUUGGUUUUUCAACUGAUCAAUGUAAUUCUAAGACUUCUGUAAAUAAUUAUCAAGAUUUUUUUUUGAAUGAGUUUAGAAACUAAGUUAAGUCUAAGUUUUGUUUUGAAAACAUGGAGCAAGCUGACUUAGAAGAUGUUGGAGAGCCUUUGAAAAUGCCCCUUCAAGAACCUCAUUGUGCAACACCUACAGCAUUUCAUGAAGGUGUGCACAUACACAAAACAUAUACUUUGAAUGACAUGCCAGAGGAAAUAUUGGAGCAUAUUCUUGGAUUUCUUUCACCAUAUUGUGAUAUGGAUGCUGCUAGACUCGUGUCCAAACAAUGGCACAGGGUCAUUCAGUCCGUUGUGAUUCAGCGUAAAAGACGUUUUUAUCAAAAGUUAAUGUGUGGCGAGAUCAACUGGGCCAUGGUGUCAAAAGAUAACAUUUGCAACAAACGUCAGGAAAGAUCCUAUGUUAGUUGUAUUAGUGAAAGACACUCCCACAGUGCAGUCUAUUUUGAAGGUUCCAUGUACAUAUUUGGUGGCUGUACUUCAACUAACACAACAUUCAAUGAUCUUUGGAAGUUUGAUCUGACCACCAGGCAGUGGAUUCGACCAGUGGCUAUGGGCACAUAUCCUUCUCCCAAAGCUUGCGCUACUAUGGUUGUGUACAGAGGUAACCUUGUGUUGUUUGGUGGAUGGAGUCAUCCUAUUCCUUAUCCUAAUCCACAUCAAUCAGCCCAUUACUUUUCUGAGCUCCAUGUUUACAGUCCAGCUACAAACCGGUGGUCACAUAUUCUGUCUAUUGGUCAAGAACCUGAACCUUUGGGUGGUCACUCAGCCUCUGUUGCUGGUCACUUAAUGGUCAUCUUUGGUGGAUCUCCAAGAACUGGUCUGGGGACAAACAAUAUCUGGGUGUUUAACUUUCAAAAGUUGACAUGGAAACUUCAGCCUGUGUUGGGAGAUGUCAAACCUGAACCAAGAUAUGGACAGUAUCAAACAACUAUGGAUGACAGCCAUAUCCUUAUAAUGGGAGGAUCAGGUGGACAGAAUAGGGUCGUUUACAAUGAUGUUUGGCUUUUAACAUUACAUUCCACUGAGCCAUGGUUCUGGACCAAAAUUACAGUGGAUCAUCCUGAACUAGCUGCUCCUCAUUCAUGGUGCCAUGCUGCCUGCAGGGUCAACCAAGUCAUUGUUGUAGUUGCCAAGGCCAACAAGCUCAGGCAGACCCGCAACAUCAGACGCAAAGUUGGUACUUCACCUCAGUUGCUGUCUGAAGGAUGUAGCACUUCUCUGGGAGCACAAGUUGUAGACCAACAGGUCGCUCCUCAGGACAGAUUAAAGUGUCAGGAUGACUGUGCAGAUCAUGUGCAGCACUCACACCAGGACAGUGUCAAUAGCUUGAGUCAAGGAGUCAGUUCACAAGGUACAUCCAGUAAUGAGGAAGAGAAAAGAAAUAAUUUCCCUAAUAAAAACUUGCUCGAGCUACAACAAAAACUCCAUCGAGAAUGUGCCAACCUCUCGGACCCAAGUGACCAUCAUCACAGUGCUUAUUGCUGUGAUGAGCCAGAAGGAAGUUUUCAUCGACUGAACAGCAGAUGGGGCAAUAAUUCCCAGGGCCAAGCUUCUCAUCAACAUCAGCAACUGACUGACCAACCACAGCAAGGAAGCUUUCACCGAGGAAACCCUCGUCUAAGAGGAACCGGCCACAUGCCCUCUAUUCGUCCCAACGCGACAUGCAAUAGACAAAAGCAGCUGGAGGCUUUACAGAGGCAAGAAGAAAUUCUCCGUAAUAAGUCUCGUGCAUUAGCUGCAGCUAGAAACAAACUGCCUGGAGCCUCUGCUAGCAGCAGUUUGGAGUUAGAUGAAACUCUUCCGGAUAUUAUUACAAGCAAAAACAAAAUGGAUGUCCAUGUUCUAGACCUUAGUCGCUUGAUGAGUGAACAGACUGUGGAAUGGAAGCCCCUCAGCUCCCUACAACCAGUGGGGGCUCCAACAGAGACUGUUUGUUUUAGUUUACUUGAAGGCAGAUCAGAACUUUUGCUGUUUGGAGGUGUAGCUAGAGACAUGAAACAUCCACCGUCCUCAAAUACAGCUAUUAACAAACUGUAUAUCUUACAUGCUAAUUAGUCAAUAUCUUGCAUGUUUAUUAGAUAUGUUAACCCAAUAGCUCCUAUUUCCGGUUCAAAAAAACCCCCUUCAAAGUCCUAAGCAAGGAGGGAUAACUCCGUAUUUAAAAAAUCCUAAAAAAUAUGUAUUUUGCAAAAAAAUAAUCAAAUUGAAGAUCUAAUACAAAUAAACAAACAAAUAACUUUAAAAAAUAGAACUAUAUGUCUAGUUUUAAAAAAAUAUAUACGUUUAAUACCACUAGAAUAUAAAAAACUUCAAAAAUAGUCAUUUUCCCACGUGGGGGCUUAUACAUUGGGGCUAUGGGCCUGUUCGUUUGAAAAAUUAUUUAAAAAAUAAAAACCUUUCCGAUUUUAUUAAAAAUAGAAUCGGUAAUCUCCAAAAUUAUUUGUAAUCACGCUUGCUACGAGACUAGAAGAAAUCUUCUUUUUAAAAAGUUUAAAUCAAGUAUAUUGAAUAGGGGGUUUUAGAAACGUUUUACAACGGUUUAGGACAAAAACGGGAAAACGUUUCCAACUGCAGAAGGAGCUAAUGGGUUAAAAGCUUGUGCCGUUAAAAUGUAUGUGUCACAUAUUUAUUUCCAGUCUGGUCGUGUGUUGUGAUCUGUAUGAACUAUUUUAUUUUCAGUCUAGCCAGAUAUGAUCUUUCUUGUUUUAAUGGUCAUAAAAGAAUCCUAUAUUAGUUUUUUUUUAUCUGCUCAGACUCUAAAUUUACUGUGCUAACCUAAGCAAAAUAAAAGUGGGCUCUCCAUUUGUGCCUGGAACCUUUACGUUACUAAGUGCAAGACCCGUCAGCAUUAUUUUGGUGUAUAUCACUUCUCCUGUGGGAAUGGUGAAAUGAGGCGACAAACUGAGAAAAGAAUCCCCUAGAGGGAACUUUCCAAACUCUUUGUAAAGUUCCACAUUAAGCUAAGAUUAAACCUGUCUUCAGUCUGGUGUGUCGCAACAAAGUAUUGGCUAGCAUAUCAAGAUACACAAGUAAAACAAAAGGGGUGAACAAAAAUCUUGUCCACAUUCAAAAUAUAUUUCUCCCUCACACACACACUUUAUCUUGAAAGGGGAUCAACCUCCAAAAGUGUAUUAGCUGUGAUAGUAGUUUUGGUUGUGAAUUGUCCUCAUGCUGAACUUAAUUUUUGCUCCUUAGAAGGAGGCAUUAAAAACCCAGAAGCUUUCAACAGUUUUAGAAGUCAUAUUGGAUUGCUUUCAAGGAUUUAAUGGUUUUAGAUUGAUUGAAUAAAUUCUCUUUCAUUGCUUCCAUUAUGUUUAGUGAUUACUUUUAAUCAAUUUUCAAAUUGUUGAAAUUAAAUUUUUUCUAUGAUUGAACAUAAAAACAUGGGCAGGGAGGUGUGGAUGUAAGCAAUAUUAUGCUACCAUUCCUUUUAGUUUGUCAGAUUGUGUUUCAUCAAUUUCAGCCAUGCCAUGGUUUAAGUCAAUUGAAUUAGUUUGAUUUCUAUUAUGCUAUGGAGAAUUGUAAACUGUCAAGAUCAACACUAUUGUUUUAACUAUGGUCUUACUGAAUCAGUGAUGUUGACUUGUGGUGGUCAUUGGGUUGUGAAACUCUCCACUCCUUGUCAGAAGCCUUGCAUACAAAUACAGAGUCUUCUUUCUUUCUCUAGUCUAAUUUGGUUUCUCUGGGUAAUUCUUUCAGUAAGUUCUGUUAGCUAUUUGAUAGAUAAUCUUGGCCAACUGUGUCCAAACCUUCCCAGCAUGCAUUAGCUUGCUAGCUGUGUUCUUAAUCUGGUACUAUACAUCACUAAGUAUUUGUAUCCUUUACAGUCAAGGUCUUUUCAUCAUUUUGCUGAAUAAGAUUUAGUUUGACUGGGAAACUAGUGUAAAAUUAUUUUUUUAAGCAAAGCAAGGAUCCUUAAUUAGGGCCAGUUGAAACAGUUUUAUAAUUCCCCGGUAAAUUUAUUCUGUUUUAGAUAUUAAAGCUAAACAGUGUAAAUGUCCUUUUUUUAAAAUCUUUAUUGUUGAUAAUGAUAUAUUUGAUGUGUUUUGAAUACAAUAAAUUGUAUCUUUUUCAAAA